AUGGCACCCGUCGCUAUUGCAGCUGACACACCAGCCGCUCCCAUCUUCAACAAGCAACGAGAUGGGCAGGCCCUGGAGGAAUUGUCUGAUGCUAUCGACCAAGUCAACGUCCUCAAGAGCACGCUUACGUCACAGCCGGAGAAGGGUCUGUACGACGAGUCCGAGUUCGACAAAGCCAAGGACAAGACCACUUUUCGUCAAUAUGAGGACGCCUGUGACCGUGUCAAGAAUUUCUACAAGGAGCAACACACCAAGCAAAGCGUGGCCUACAACCUCAAGGCUCGCCACGAUUUCCACAGUAAGACUCGGGCGGAAAUGACCGUCUGGGAGGCCAUGGAGAAGCUCAACACCCUCAUCGACGAGUCCGACCCCGACACCAGUCUCUCCCAGAUCGAACACCUGCUGCAGUCGGCCGAGGCCAUUCGCCGCGAUGGCAAGCCUCGCUGGAUGCAAUUGACCGGGCUGAUCCACGAUCUGGGUAAAUUGCUCUUCUUCUUCGAUGCGCAGGGGCAGUGGGACGUUGUGGGCGACACUUUCCCCGUUGGUUGUGCCUUUGACGAGCGGAUCAUCUAUGGUCGAGAGUCUUUCCGAGAUAACGAGGACUUUGGCCAUUCCAUCUACGACACCAAGUUUGGCAUCUACAGUCCCGGCUGUGGGCUGGACCAGGUCAUGCUCUCCUGGGGCCACGAUGAAUACCUCUAUCACAUUGCCAAGGAGCAGUCUACGCUCCCCGACGAGGCUCUUGCCAUGAUUCGCUAUCACUCCUUCUACCCCUGGCACAAUGCGGGCGCCUACCAUGAGCUGAUGAAUGAUCACGACCAAGAGAUGCUUCGUGCGGUCAAGGCCUUCAACCCUUAUGACCUGUACAGCAAGAGCGACGAUGUCCCCAGUGCCGAGGAGUUGAAGCCUUACUACCUGGAACUCAUCGAUGAGUUCUUCCCCAACAAGGUUGUCCGCUGGUAG